AUGUCUUCUUCGUACAGCUCCGGCGGCUACCCUUCGAACCGCCUGCCCCCUAAAAUCUCCUACUCUUCGGGGUCCGGCUCAAGAACCUCCGACUACCUGGCCAGCUCCCACGGCGUUAUCGAGACCAAAUACCGCUCCGGUGCCGCAGACGGCUUCUACAAAUCUAUCAAGGAUAUCCCGAGCUCCCGCGGCGGCGCCGGCACCGUGCUGAUCCAGGACAAGAAGUAA